AAUUGCCUAUACUCUUCCGUCAUUCAACAUAACCUCAAGUUUGAGUCAUUGAGUGCAACAAAAUUGUGUGAUUUGCAUGCAUAAUAUCCGGUUCUCGCGGUCCUUAUCAAAUUUCGAACCCCACGAAGUCAGAGAUAAACGCGCAAUGAAUGCAGUUUAAAAUUAGGCGAUUUGGUUUUUUUUGAUGCGGUUUAGGUAACCGGAAGUGUCAUUACAUCAAAUAAUGCCAGUAUGGUUUUGGAUCUUUAGAAUUAAUGGCAACGACGCAAAAAAACUGUUUUGCUUUUUGUCUGAAGUCGAAAUAUGGCAAAAAACGUCAUAAUUAUUCUCUUAUUGGUUGAUUUUUUAUCAUUUGUAACUUCAGUUCCUCAAAUUUUUACUGAAAGUUACGCUUUUUGCGAAUUUAAAUUCUCUGGAAAGAAAAAAAUUACAUUUCCGAAUAAAUUAUGGACAAUUGAUACUUCGGAUUUUAUUUUACAUUUUUCACUAUGUGGAUCAGUACAAGAGGCAUGCAAAAAUGCGACUUCUUCGUGUCUUUUCCCAAAAACUUCCAAUAAAAUGAUUGAUUUAGGUCACGAGUUUAGUUCAGCCGGCUCCGAUGACACUAUUCUUGUCUCACAAAACGGGGCUAAGUGCCACAAUUCUGACCAAAAUUACACUCUUUCCAUAUCUUUCGUUUGUUCCGCAUCAAUUAAACCAAAACCUCGCCUGUUGGCUCAAGACGAGGAAAACGGGUGUAAUUUUGAAGUGACCAUGAUGCGACCCGAUUGCCAACCGAGGUGCACCGAAAACGUUCAAGGCUCUUCAUUAAUCGACAUUCGCAAUUUCCCAAAAAACAUCCAAGUCCACUCCGACUCAAAACACUUCAGUUUGAGUCUUUGUGGCUCAAACAAAAACUGCUCCGCUGACAUAAGCGCUUGCGAGAUCCAACCAGACGGCUCAACCACCCCUUUGGCCAGUAUCGAAUCUCAACUUCUCAUCUACGACCAAAGCAAAGGCGAACUCAAGGCAAGGGGGCGGUUUAAUGAACGAGGCGAACUUAAAAUUGUUCAAGUUUUGAUUAAAUGCAACUGGGAGACCGAGGCGGCGAACCCUGUUUACAAAAAGGGCCCCUCUCAAGGGAAAUGGUACAAAUUCGAAAUACAAUCGUCGUAUGGUUGUGUCAAAUUGCCAUAUGAUUGCCGAUUGUCAAGUAUUGACAAUUUCAAUUAUGAUCUGAGGAGUUUGUAUACUUUACAUGGGUGGGCAGUUGGGGGAGUCCCCAGAGGGAAAAUUUUUAUUAAUAUUUGUGGCCCACUCAAACAACCCCCAAAUCGCUGCUCUGCUCAACAUUCGCAAGUGUGUCACGUGACUGAUAACGACUACAUAAAUCGGGGCAGUAUUUUAUCACUUUUCGAAGCCCAGAAUGACUCACUUCGGGCCCGAUUCGUGUUUGGUUCCACUUGCAGGGAAAACACCAGUCGUACCUACAGUACGGAAAUCGAAUUCAAAUGUUCAAAAACCGAAAAGGGGCCCCAAUUUAAAGACACCAAAAAUUGCGUUAUGUUUUUACAAUGGGAGACACCCAAAGCGUGCCCUCUUGAUUAUUACAAAAGUCAAAAUUGUUACGUCAGUGACAGGGUGUCCAACCGAAAUUUGAAAAACCUACAUACUCACACUGACCGAAUUUACCCUUUAUCAGCCUCAAACGACGCGAAAUUAAUUUACAAUUUAUGUGGCCCCAUCCAUGAGUCUUGUAACAACCACAAAAACGUCAGUUUUUGCCUUAAAACCGCCCAGAGGGAAAGUGUGAUCGGGUGGGACACGCGUGAAGUUAUCAGCGAAAAGGAACGGCUAUUUAUGCAAUUUUCCGGUGAAAAUGGGGGCGAAAUUUUCGUUAAUUUGAUCUGCAGUUACCAAAAUCCGUCCCCUGUGCCCGACUUACACGUGACUGAAGAUAGCCGCAGAUACAAUUUGACGGUUUUUACUCCAUUGGCGUGCAUAGCACAAGGGGUUUUCCCCGAAUGUGUCUACCAUUCAGGAAAUAUUACCUACGAUUUGACUCCGCUUGUUUCAAAAAAUAAAAAUUAUGUGAUUCCCGGAGAUGGCGAGACUGAAUUUAUUUUUAACGUUUGUGGGCCGAUUAUUACCGCCCCGGGGGCCUUAUGUAGGGGCUCCACAAUGUUUUGUAAACACAACAAAACAGCACUUAAUAUUAAGCACCAGUAUGCAUCACUGGGCGGAGUUUCGAGGCCACGCCUACUGAAUAAUACUCUAAUCCUGGAAGCCCCAAUGGGUGAAUUUUGUCGCGAAGUUGGUUAUUACAAAUCAGUGAUGCAUUUCAAGUGCUCUCAAACAAAUGUGUUACCAAGGUUCGUAUCGAAAGACUCUUGUGUGUACAAUUUUAUAUGGGAGACCCCUCAAGCUUGUCCCCAAACCAGAAACUGUACUGUUGGGGGCCCCCAACCAGGCUUAAUAUUUGACCUAACUAAAAUAAAAAAUAAAGUUGUCAGAUUUGACAUUGAUGGAAUCUCCAAUAAGUAUGAAUUUGAUUUAUGUAAAGAUGUUUACACAAAUUUGAAUAAAACAAAUCGUCUCCGACGCUAUUACUCAAUUGUGAAUGGAAUUGCGUUUAUUAUUUUGGAUUUGAAUAAAAAGUGUUCAAAAGCGACGCCACUGACCAAAAUUAUUUUUAAAUUAGAAUGUUCGGAAACAAAUAACGAACAUUUCGAACAAACAGCGUUUAAAAAUUGUGUUUUAAACAUCACUCUCAAGACACGCACAACGUGUCAUGAGUCUACUACAAUCAAAGAACACAACUUAGUUGUGCAAAAAUUCGAAACUAAUUGUACAAUUUUUAACGGGAAUACAGGGUACGAAUUUAACUUAAUUAACCUCAAAUCGGAGGACAUUUUGCAAAAAUUCCAAAUUAAUCUCGACCAAAGUAGCGUUUGUGAUGGCAUUUUUUGUAAAAACGGAUCAAGAGUGGUUCCACAAGUGUGUCCAAUCGUUUCGUUUAAUUAUUCUUCUCAGAUUGUUAAACUGGAGUAUUCGGGGGUUGUGUGUGGACGAAGCAAAUAUGAGUUUGAAGUACUUUUGAAAUGUAAUCAAACCAAAACCAAUGCAUGUAUUAUUGAAGAUGCGGAAUGCAAAUCUGUGAUUUCGUAUAAUUUACCAGAAGCUUGUUUGUUGUUGAAACAAGAAAUUGUGGCUUCGACCCCCACUGCAGCGAUAGCAGGGGGUGUAACAACACUUUUGGUUGUGGUAGCUUUAAUUAUUGCUAUUUAUUUCUGUAAACGAUCGAGGCAUUUGCCUUAUUUGAAUAUUCCACUUUAUAGCAGCAAGACCUCCGUUCCUAUUUAUUGUCGCGAUGCCACAGAAUAAUACUCCAAAACGAAAAAGAUUUUUUUUUUGUUACCAAAUUUAACACAAGUGCCUAGCAGUAUUGUUUUUAUUUGUUUUUUAAUAAAUUCUCAUAUUUAAA